AUGGAUGCUCUUGUCGCAGCUGAGGAAACUCUGGGAUUGUCUCUUAAAGAAAAGCAAAAGGAGGCUGUUUUAGCCGUACUUGAUGGCAAAGAUGUGUUCUGUGCACUCCCUACUGGUUAUGGGAAGUCCAUUAUAUAUAGAAUACUUCCAACAGCCUUCGAUUAUUUACUAGGUCGAGAACCAGGACAUAGCAUAGUAGUUUGUAUUUCACCUUUAAAUUCUUUAAUGAUUGAUCAGGAAAGGAAUUUCAAGUCAAAGGGCAUUGCUGUUGAAUGCAUAGGUGAGAUACAGAAGGAUCAAGGAGUCAUUAAAAGAGUAAUUAGUGGUAAUGUUCCACUAGUAUUGAUAACUCCAGAAAGCAUUACAACUAAUCCUCUGUUUCGUGGUAUGCUAUUAUCACAAAAGUUUAAAGAAGGUAUGGUGACACUUGUUGUUGAUGAAGCUCACUGCAUUAAGACAUGGGGGGACAACUUUCGUAGGUCAUUCUCUGAUUUAGGCCAACUACGCAGCAGCCUACCUAAGAUACCAGUACUGGCAGUAACAGCAACUGCCACACAUGGCACUUAUGAUGUUGUUACUAAACGAUUAGCUAUGGAAGAUGUAGUUAUCAUUGGAUUGUCACCAUGCCGAGACAACAUCUUCCUAUCAGUAAAAUGUGUUACUCUGGCUGAUUUUGUAGAAAACAUAGCAGAGAGUGUGAGGCUCAAUAAUGUGAAUCAUCCAAAAACUCUAGUUUUUUGCCGAACGUAUACUGACUGCAAUUUAGUUUAUGAUAUGUUUGAGGAAAAGCUUGGUUCUUGUAUAACAUUUCCACCUGGGUAUCCUAACAGUCGUAAAUAUCGAAUCAUUGAUCUAUACACGCAAGCUAAUGUUGAUCAGGUGAAAAAGGAAAUACUUAGUGAAUUCAUUAAAGAAAACUCUCUUAUUCGAGUUAUUACUGCAACAACUGCUUUUGGGAUGGGUAUAGACUGUCCUGACAUUGCCAACGUUUACCACUGGGGAUCACCACAUUCUAUGGAAGA